UCUCGGGCUGGAGCGCAUCAGGCGACGGCGGAUUAGCGCAGGUUUGCAUCACCCGGGCCCGGGCCGGAGCCGGCUCUGGAGCCGGGAGACACUCGCAGCGGAAGCGGCGGCGGCUCCACACGUGUCCGGCUGCGGGGACCGGGGUCCCGAGCGCAGCCGCGUCGCAGCGGGCCCCCGGCCACGUGGGAGUGCCCUGGAGACUCAGGAUCCCGCCGCACGCCCGGGCAAGAUGCGAGCCACCCCUCUGGCUGCUGCUGUGGGUGCCCCCUCCAGGAGGAAGCAGUGGGAGUUGGACAAUGACCUAGACACCGAGUGUCCCAUCCAGAAACAAGCGCGAAUCGGGCCCCAGCCCAGGCUGCCCUCCUGCCCGCUGCCCCCGAGCCCACUUCCUGCUCCAGCCCAUGCCUGUGCUGGGACCACUGCCUCCCGUCUUGGGCCCUAUGUCCUCCUGGAGCCUGAGGAGGGUGGCCGGGCCUACUGGGCCCUGCACUGCCCCUCAGGCACCGAGUACACCUGCAAGGUGUACCCGGCCCGCGAGGCCCAGGCGGUGCUGGAGCCCUACUCGCGGCUGCCCCCGCGGGGACACGUGGCGCGGCCGGCCGACGUCGUGGCGGGCCCCCGCCACCUCUACACCUUUUUCCCACGGCCCCACGGGGACAUGCACAGCCUGGUGCGCCGCCGCCGCCGCCUCCCCGAGCCCGAGGCCGCCGCGCUCUUCCGCCAGAUGGCCGCCGCCCUGGCGCACUGUCACCAGCACGGCCUGGUCCUGCGCGAUCUCAAGCUGCGGCGCUUUGUCUUCACCAACGAGGAGAGGACUAAGCUGGUGCUGGAGAACCUGGAGGAUGCCUGUGUGCUGAACGGACCCGACGACUCCCUGUGGGACAAACACGCGUGCCCGGCCUACGUGGGACCUGAAAUCCUCAGCUCCCGGGCAUCCUACUCAGGCAAGGCGGCCGAUGUGUGGAGCCUGGGCGUGGCGCUCUUCACCAUGCUGGCUGGCCACUACCCCUUCCAAGACUCAGAGCCUGCCCUGCUCUUUGGCAAGAUCCGCCGCGGUGCCUUUGCCCUGCCCGAGGGCCUCUCGGCUCCCGCUCGCUGCCUGGUCCGCUGUCUCCUUCGACGGGAGCCAGCCGAACGCCUCACGGCCACGGGCAUCCUGUUGCAUCCCUGGCUGCGGGAGAAGCCGAUCCCCUCAGCUCCACCCCGAUCCCACCUCUGGGAGGCCGAUCAGGUGGUCCCUGAAGGGCCGGGGCUGGAGGAGGCCGAGGAAGAGGAGGGGGUGAGAGAAGCCGGUCUAUAUGGCUAGGUAGCCUUAGACUCUCAGCUGCAGCAGUGGAAUUGACUUUGGGGUAUCUCCAAGCUCUCUCCCACCUUUUUUUGUUUUUGCACUGAGCCAAACCUUAGUGCCUUCUAGAAGGGAGAAAGGAGGCAUGUGUGGAGUGUGCUGUAUGCACCCUUGUGUGGUUCCGCACACCUGUGCACACAGGCUUGCGAAUUUAACAAAUCCUGGGAGCUCACUGCGCGCCGAGCCCUGUUCUCGGUGCUGGGAGCGCCGCAGUGAACAAAAGACGAACCUCCUGCGGACGACACAUCUCCAGCCCACGGUCGGUGUCCACACUGGGCCCUCUCAGCACAGGUGUCCGCAUCCACUCGUGCAGGUGCCCAGGCACUUCCGACCUGGGACAGUGCCUCUCACAAAUCCCUGUGCCAAACAAAGGCUGCUGGGCCUCUCCCUUGCAACUCAGGACUCCAGAGCCCAGGCUGGGCUGGGAAUUGGGCUCCCAGCCGCUCUCUUCUCCGAGCCAAGGACUGGGCUGGAGGAGCCCCAGUUCAGACUGUGAGGCUGGUCCUCGCCUAACUCAAGGAGCGGUUUGGAGCGAGGGCCCGCGCCUGUCCACCUCUGGCCUGAGCACCAGAGUUGGGGGAUGGAGGGGGCACGGUCGUCUCCCCCUGGCCUCCUGGAACGUCCCAAGCCCUGUUCUGGGUUUUGGAUCAAUAUUAUGGGUUUUGGAUGCCAGAAGAAUCUAUUUUAACCUUGUGCCUAAUAAAGGAGUGGUGA